GCGGCUCUCGACCCGACAUUUGCCGAGCCGAGUGGAGCCGAUUGGAGCCUCCAAGUUCCGUCUUGUGUGUCCCAGUCAGAGCGCGACGACAACGGCGGGAGGGACGCGAGCGAGCAUCCGGUUUGAGGCAGGAAGCGGCGAGAAAACGAGCUUGACAAUCGGAGAGCGGUUUGUGUGAUGAAGAAGGGGCGACCUUCAUGGAGUGACCAUGCGACUUGCGAACAUUCAGGGGAGGAAAACGAGACCAGUCGUCGGACGCUUUUGUCAGAGUUUCUGCCGGCAAUUUCCCGAGGCUGCACGAGGACGGUUAAUGCAGUCGUGACUCGCUAACAUGGAGCAGGACUUCACCCAGUCGACCUCUGACCUUCACUAACAUCGAUCCGAGGCUGUGCCAGAAAACCCUUUCCAACAUGGCCGCCGGCGGAAGGACUCAUCGAGUGCGAGACUUCAACCAUUUCAUCACUUGCUACCUUUGCGGAGGUUAUCUCAUCAAGCCCACCACCGUCACCGAAUGCCUGCAUACCUUUUGUAAGAGUUGCAUCGUGCAGCACUUUGAGGAGAGCAACGACUGUCCCAAAUGUGGCAUCCAGGUCCACGAGACAAACCCCCUGGAGAUGCUCAGGUUGGACAACACUCUGGAGGAGAUCAUCUACAAAUUGGUUCCGGGUCUCCGAGAGCAGGAGGAGGAGCGAGAGCUGGAGUUCUGGAGGAAAAACCAGCGCAGUGAGAAGCUCCCAGUUGAUGCAUUGGGGGCGGGGCUUCCUGACACCAUCGGUGCCGGUGAUGACGACUACCACAGGAGUGACCCUCAGAUCGCCAUCUGUCUGGACUGUUUGCGCAACACGGGCCAGGCUAGCGAGACCAGCGUCACGGAUCUGAUGAAGAAAUUCAUUCGCUGUUCCAGUCGUGUGACGGUGGGAACCAUCAAGAAGUUUCUCAGCCUCAAACUCAAACUGCCCAGCUCCUACGAGCUGGACGUGUUGUGCAACGGCGAGAUCAUGGGCCGAGAUCACACCUUGGAGUUCAUCUACAUGACACGGUGGAGGCUGCAGGCCGACAACACGUAUCCCAUGGUCCUGGAGUACCGACCGCGCAUUGACUUUGGAUGACGUGCGCACGCACGCACGCAAGCAUGCACGCACACACACACACACACACACACAUGCACACUUGCAGGGUGUAAUGAAGCUAUUUUUGUAGCGCGUAAACAUGUGGAAGAAUUUUUAUGCUUGAUAGAAAUAAUAUUAAGAGGAAUAAUAUAUGAAGACGUGUGUACGUACAUGUAUGUGCCUCAAACUUCACUUUACAUAUUAAAUGUUUUUACAGUG